AUGACCAUCUCCGCCCCCGUUCUCGACAAGGCCGACCCCAAGUCUGAGAAGCUCUACCCGUUCCACCUCCCCUUCACUGAGGACUGGAGCGAGCAGAAGGAGCUCUUCGGUAGCGGUACCAUGAUGCUCGCUGGUUCCGGCAUGUUCAUGCGCAACCCGCUCAUCGUCUGGACCUCGAUGAUCAUGGCCGUUCAGGCGUUCGUCACCCAGGAGCCUCUCCGUCGCAAGGAGGAUGCCAGCUCGCCUCUCGCUAUGCUUGGUAUGGCCGCGUCCGGUAUGAUCGCGACCUCGAUGGGCAAGGUUCUCCUUGCUCCCGAGGCCCAGGGUGCUGCCGCUGCCGCUGCUGAGGCGACCAUUUCGGCCGUCACUGGCGCUUAG